CGGAGUGAGGGGGUGGUAUACAAGUGCUUAAGGGGGGUGGGGUCAUGUGAAAGGUACAGGUGUACUCAAAGCAAUGGCGCGGGUGCAGGAAGUGACGGGCAGCGCGACUGAGGAGGCGAUGGCACGUGUGAUGGAGUGGGUAGGAGGCAAGGAUAUCGGGAGAAUGGCAGCCUGCUCUACGUCGAUGAGAGAGCACGCGAGCAGAGAAGAGCUAUGGCAGACUCUGUGUCGAAGAGACUUCGGUAUCCUCCAUCCAGCCGACAGAUGCGGAUGGCGAGACACGUACAAGACGGGCUGCUCAGACUCAAUCCUUUACUUUAACGGUCAUCCGGACUAUGUAGAAUAUAUUGGAUGGAGAAACGUAGAAGUCGUUGACGACAUGAAGAAGUUUAGCGCCGACGAAGUGAACUCUCUCCGGCGUAUGCAUGAGAUUCGAACAUGAAUCUACUCCUGUCUUCUUCCUUGUUGCUGCAUGCAUUGUCAUCCCAUGCGCAUGUAUUAAAGCCUUGACUGUCUUUG